AGGCCCAAGUCUAGCCAUGUUCGCCGCGCGCUGUGGUCUCAGGACAUCCGUUCCCCAGGAUGCUGCUGUGCAAGACUCACCGCCUCGCGCGACUUGUAACGAGCAUCGGUGCCCCCCUGGCAAGCAGCAGGUAUCUAGCUUACGCUCAUUGUGUGACGACGCAUCCCAUGGAGGCCCCAGAGGGGGGCCAGCGGGUCACCAAGCAGUACGCGUCCGGCUUCCUCAUAUCUACAGUGGUGGUGAAGAUGGGCAUUCAGGGUCUGACCGCAUCUGCCGCACUCGCAGCAACCAUGGAUGCGCCGAUGUUUCUGAUCGCGGGCACGCUCAAGCUCAGCAUCACUGCGCUGCUCAAUUGGGCAAAGUUCCAGUGUGCAGAUACACUGGGUUGUUGGCCCCAGGCUCCUGAAAAUACGCGUGUGGAGGGCACCCCAAAGGCAUGCCGUCUGCCAGCAAAGGCCAAGGAGGGGCGAUCUCCUGUUUGGUUCCUGCCGCCCCCGGGGUUGCGCAUGAAGCACUCCCGGGGCCAGUGCGUCCUUGACGUCUGCAAGACGGAGGACUACCUCGCCCAGCGAGUUGGCUUGGGUCGAUCCGAAAACGAUGUGAGGUAUGAUGGCAGCCCGAAUGUGUACAACUGUCAGCCGCUCUCUUUUGAAGAGAUGACCCGGCAGCAGAAAUCCGCGCUUCUAGUUCGAUUGAAUGAGACAGGGAUCGCGGAUGAAUAUGAUAUCGCAGGCCUCCUCUCGCAGUACCCACUGGACGACCUCACCACUACCACCACCACCGAGGAAACGAACACGACUACGACUACAGCCCUCGACUUGGACCAAGACGUAGAGGCGGGGGAGCUCUUCCGAAACGCUUUCACCAACGACCAGCAAGCCACGUAUCGGACCGGCGACAGGGAGUUCAAGUGCUGUGUCUCCUCAAGAACGGGGCACACGGUCGUGCAGGACGUCACCGCCGCAGAGUUGCCAAGGGCCAGGAAAGUAUGCAGGGACGCGACAGGCUGCGGCUGCAUGUUCGGGAACACGUACCACAGUUAUUCUCACAGCGGGCAGUCAAGAUGCACAGUCAAACUGCACUAUUUGGAACAAGUGACGGGCAAACCCGCCGAGGAGUUGUUUCUCAGUAUCAGUGCUGCCCGCGGGGCUGCAAGCUAGAUCAGCCAUCGCAAACGGAUGGUUUGUGCGUCGUUCCUGACGCAUGUGUUUCCCAUGAGCACUGAGCAAACACAUCAUACGAGCCCAGGUGCCGAAUCGUUGUGAAUACGUCUCGGUGACUGGAAGACGAGCAUGGUAUUGACCAGGCGGAGGGAGCAGACAGGAUCAUACAAUAAUCAGGAUGAGGACGAUCGGAAAGAAGGUGGCGGCGGAGGCUGCACACAAAGCGAAGGCGGGCCAGGAUAAGGAG